AUGCUCAAAGACUUCGAGAUCUUACCCACCUCGCGUAACGGAGCCACCACUGCAACUACCACAUUAUCUUCAAUUUCGGAGCUCGGUGAAAUACGAAUUGUUCCCGAGACUGAUUCACAAAAUCUAGACUUCAAGAAAGCAAACACUUCGCUUGCAAUGACCACCAUCAAAGACAUCAGUCACAACAACAAUGCUUUCUAUGACCAUCCUGCAGAAGAUUUCUGGAUGAAAUCGACCAUGCGGCCACCCAACCUAUCCAUCAGUCAGGAACCUACUCGAGGAUUUACUGAAAAUCACAAUCAAGACAAUGAUUUGACCUCCCCUUGUACUUAUUAUUAUCGUCAACACCAAACUUAUCCCGUGGAACCGACCUCUGAACUUACAAACAGAAAUCACUCGUUCUUUCAUGAAAUGAUCACUGAUCCUACAACGAAGAUCUCCAACUCCUUUUCAUACGAACAUUCUAGUAGUUUAUACAACGCACUAGGUCGACCAACAGUGACCUUGACUUAA